GAACAUAGUUCAAAGUGACGUAGGACGUUUCACUUUCUGACCCAGUUGAAUUUAAGGAAGUCCAAAUCGUGUCAGAGAAGAGUCUUUCUUCAAAUUAGGGAACUUUAGGAUAACAAUAAUAAGAUAAGAACACCUAUAUUGUAAAACGAAUCGCGAUAUUAAAAGACCACCAAGUCAUAGACUCACGGCUAAAGUUCAGGUUUACAGUACAGGGUACUGUAUAGUGAGUAUAAGCGAUAGCUACCAUUGGCUUAUUUUAAGAACGGGUAUCAUAUAUUUUCUCAGUAUUUUAUCUCUUGUUCACUUUACUCACACUAAACAUGUCUGGACUUGUUCCACGUAUAUGAAGCAGAUAAGAAAACGCGGCCACAUCACUUGACUUUUGCUCACAGUCAACUUAAUGGAAAAAAGUAGCGAGGAAGAGAAAACCAACGAUGAAGAUGGAGAUAAACCUGUUGAUUGUAGAUUAGAAGAUGAAGAUGUAGUGACAUCUACGUCUCGAUGUGGGGAAGCAGACUGUUCUGAGAUUUUAGGGAAGGAAUUGCAACGGGUGUGCAAUGAGCAGCUGGAAUUGGAGAGGACACCCGGAGUGCAAAGACAAAAUGAUGAGAGAGAUGCUGCCUCCUGCUUCAUGGACACCUGCAAUCCUUCCAUAUCCAGCCUUUCGUCAUCAUCGUCCUCCUCUAUGUUGUUUCUCACACCACCCUUACCUCCUUCUGUGGAGCUCUCAGCUGUCUUGACUGAUACCAGGCUGACCUUGGAUGUCUACCUGGGAGGAGCAGCUGCACUGCCGCUGCUAUGGGGUUCCAUUCCAGGACACCUCCGGAGGCUCCGUUAUUUGCGACUUGGUUCUGAGGAUAAAAGCGCCCUGGAUGGUGCCCUGAGUGUCCUUCCGCAUUUGACAGGACUACGUUCGCUUGCCAUACGAGGACACUGUUUUUAUGAUGCACAAGGAAAUCCCUUGCCUGGCCUCCUCACCACUUUGCCCACAUCCCUUGUCUCGCUCUCCCUCCUGGUGCACGUGGAUCUCUCCUUCAACCAGCUCUCCGUCUUUCCAUCAUGUCUUCUCAGCUUACCUGCGUUGUCCGCCUUGCUCCUGUGUCACAACCGCUUUUCGGAACUUUCCACUGAUAUUGGCCAGCUGUCCAGCCUCACCUAUCUGUCCCUCAUUGGAAACAAGCUGGUUUCCCUGCCUGCGAGUUUAGGCCAGCUGAAAGAGCUACAGACACUGGAUGUCUCAGAUAACCUCCUUGAGGAGCUGCCCGAUGAAAUUGGUUCUUUGGGAGAGCUUGUUAAUUUUGAACUUUCCCACAACAAACUGAAGAGGCUACCGGACACGAUGGGCUCGCUCCGUUCCCUGAGGGAGCUUGUCAUCUUUAGCAAUGACCUCCGCUUCUUACCAUCCUGCCUGAAUGAUUUGCCGUUGCUGAAAAUGGAUGUUCGAGAUAAUCCUUUGGGGCGACCGCCGACACCUCCACCUGUUUUCUCACCAGAUGAAGGACAACCAAACAUUCCUGAGUUGCAUCUACUAUUCAACCAGCACAGUUUUAGUGUUACGUCUUCUGGAUGUCAUGUGUUUCUCCCAGGGGGGACGCAGCUGCUGUUCCCCCCAGGGUGCCUGCAGUCGCCGACAACUCUGGAGUGGGCAGAGAGAAGACCACAACGAAAAUGGGUGUUGCUGGGGGAGCAUGACAUUCUCCUCAGUCGUCCACUGGAACUUCGUCCUCAUGGCGUUUCAUUUCUUAAGCCGGUCGAGGUGUGCAUUGCACAUCACCGCAAAAAAUGGAAGGAGGUGGUGGUGCGCAAGUAUGACGGAACCUCGUGGCACACUUUGCCUACUUCUCUCAGGAAAGGAAGUGAAAGACACAGCAUUCACUCUUUGGAGCGUCCAGCCAGACUGGCUUGUUGUUCCGUGAGCCAGUUUUCCUGGUUCAUCGUGAUAGCCCGUCCAGUGACGGACAGCUGCUCAGUUUCCCCAGCAGGAGCCCUGUUAGUGUCCAGUGCUCACCCUGGAGUCAAGCUCAACUUCCCCCCAGACUCCACCAGUCAAACCCGCACCAUAACUUUACAGGUGCUGCAGGUGUCAGUGUCAGAAGUACAGGUGUUGUGCGGUGAUCCACAAGCUAGUGUCAGUCCUCUCCUCUGCCUCUCACAAACUCCCAGCAUGCAUUUCCUGCAGCCAGUCAAAGUUCAAGUUCCACUGCCGCCAGGGGUCACAGGUCACACAAUUGACAAAUCGUGUUUGUAUCUGCUGCGCGGAGACUCCACUGCCCAAACUUGGACAGACAUCACACCACAAGUGUCUCUCUAUGUUACGCACUUGUACGCCAUUUUCUACAUUACACAUUUCUCCUGGUACUGGUUGUGGUACAAGACUCAGAGUUGUGUUGGUGGCAUGGUUAGAAAGGUGUACCAAAGGCUAAAGCAGUUUAAAGUCCAGUUCAUGGCUCUCCAGCGGAAAACGGAUCCUUCACAAGUCCUGCUGCAGUGUUUACCAGCUAACAAGGUGGAAGACAGAGUGCAGUCACUGUCAGAACAGUACGAGGGACCCCAGCCUUCAGACCUGUGUGACCUUCUGGAAGGAGAGCAGUUCUUUGCCGGCUUUGAAAGAGGUUUAGAUAUCUGCACAGACAGACCAGACUGUGUCGAGGGAAGACUGUGUUUUGUGUUUUACUCCAGUCUGAAGAAUUUGAAGGAAGUUUACAUCUCUCCUGCAAAGGGCCUCCAGGGUCCAGUGAGAGGAGAAGUUUCUUUUUACAGAGGCGAGAUUCCCAGUAGUUUACCAAAGGAAAUAGUGAGCAAGAGGAAAGGACAUGACAGCCAAUGGCUUGCAACUUUACCGCUAAGACUUCCUGCGCUAGGUGCCGACAACAAGUACAUAACUGAAGAAUUCCAGCUUCCUCCUUUGAAUCUCGGAGACCCCGAGAGUGGCUACCUGACAGAAGCCAAUCUGCUCUCCAUCUCACUCCAGAUUGGACAGGAUUGGCGCGUUAUUGGCAUCAAUCUUGGCUUAAGCUACCAGGAGUUAGACCGCAUUCAAUAUAAAUACAGGGACAAUCUUGGAGCUCUGGUGCUGGACAUGCUCUUUCACUGGGCCCAAGGACAGAAGAGCGCCGGGCCUGGGGCGGUGUCCCGGUUGAAGGCGGCCAUGAUUGAGAGUGACAGGAGAGACAUUGCAGAUGAGCUCGAAGACAUAGUCAGUCUGGGAAAGCAAAAGUACACCGAGUCACUGAGGAGAGUGGGACUGGAGGCGGGGAGGAGCAGUCCUUUCUGUGAAAGCCAGCAGUAGAGAAGUUCUCACUGGGUGCAGGUGGCUUUUCUGUUUAUUUGUCCUAUUUUACACAACCACAGUAUGCACUACAUUGGAUUUGUUUUAUCUAACCUACCAACAGUUCACUUAAAAAAAUUAUCAACUCAAAGAGAUUUUAAUUAUGUUGUCAAACCUUUGAAUUUGGAUCCUCUUGGUUUCUAUCUGAUAAGAUUACAGGGAGGUAGUUUAGCAAACACUAAAUGUUGCUAAGCUUUCACUCACUUUUGACUCAGAAAGUUCACAAAGUGUUUUUUACUUGUCACAAAAAUCAUUUUAGCUCUGUGUUGCUCAUGCAACAGAAUGCUCAUUUAGAAUUGAUACAUUUCUAUCCUUUUUAUUGUGUGAAUAGAACCAACUGCUCUGGAAAUAUUAAUUAAAUGUCACAUCCUGGGCUGA